AUGAGUAGACCAAAAACAAUCGAUUCAUUCUUUAAGAAAAAAUAUGAGAGUCAUUCAGAUGUUAAUAGUGAUACACCUUUAAAUAGACCGUUAGCAACGGAUCUUAAUGCUCCAGUGACUGAUGAACGGCCUUCCAAAUGUCCAAGAAUCCUUCCUGAAGAAAUUGAUGCCACCUCUUUGCAACGUUAUCCAGGAAAACGUCCGCAAAUAUGGGAAUUUCCUGUAAACUUACAAGAUGAAAUGCGACGUGCUUAUCUUAGAGCUGGCCCAUGUCAACCUAUUCUUAAACCUACAGAAUAUCCAGUUUCAGGACCGGAGAAUCAUCGUCGUCGAUUUCAAGCUUCUUGGUUUCAGACAUACUUAACUUUGUUGGAAUAUUUGGAAUCGAAGGAUGCUAUCUUUUGUCAUCCAUGUUACAUUUUUGCUAAGAAAUCAACAGGCCGUCCAAGAUCAGAUGCAUUUACAGUUAAAGGUUUUAAGAAUUGGAAAAAGGUGAAUGAUGGAAUGAAUUGUCCUUUAAUGGGGCAUGUGGGGACAGAUCCAAAUUCACCACAUAAAAUUGCUGUGAAAUGUUGUGAAGAUCUGAAGAAUUAUUCACGGCAUAUUGGCAAGUUGAUUGAAAAACAGUCAUCACAAGAAAUAGAGAAUAAUCGAUUGCGGCUUAAAACCUCAAUAGAUAGUGUUCGAUGGCUAGCAUUUCAAGCAUGUGCAUUCAGAGGUCAUGAUGAAAGCUUCGACUCAAAAAAUAAAGGUAACUUCAUUGAAUUGAUAAAGUUUUUAGCAACUUUUAAUGAUAAAGUUGAUGGAGUUGUGUUAACAAAUGCUCCACGGAAUGCCAAAUAUACAUCACCCCAAAUUCAAAAAGAAAUUUUGCAUAUCUUUGCAACUAAAGUACGAGAUGUGAUUCGCAAAGAAAUUGGAGAUGCUAAAUUUUGCAUUCUUGUUGAUGAAGUUCGAGAUGAGUCAAAAAGGGAGCAAAUGGCAAUCAUUUUGAGAUUUGUUGAUAAAGAUGCAUCUAGAGAAGCAAAAUCUGUUCAUCAAUUCUUUGAGAAUUUGAAUUUUAUUAUCAACAUUGUUGUUGGUUCUUCAAAAUGCAAUGAUGAAUUGCAAUCUGCUCAAGUUGCUGAGAUUGAAAGUAUGAUUGCUUCUAAUGAAAUUGAGACUGGAAGGGGGGCCAACCAAAUUGGUACUUUGCAACGACCUGGAGAUACUCGAUAG